GAGCUCAGGGAAAUACUGCACGACUACCGGGAGAUUGUGUUCGCCCGGACGUCACCGCAACAGAAGCUGCGAAUCGUCGAGAACUGCCAAUUCUUGGGCCAAAUAGUGGCCGUCACUGGCGAUGGAGUCAACGACUCGCCCGCCCUUAAGAAAGCCAAUAUAGGGGUCGCGAUGGGUAUUACCGGGUCGGAUGUGAGUAAACAGGCGGCAGAUAUGAUACUAUUGGACGACAAUUUCGCCACAAUUGUGACGGCCGUAGAGGAGGGCCGACGCAUAUUCGACAACAUGAAAAAGACCAUCGGCUAUAUACUGGCCGGUAGUGUC